AUGAUUUCAAACUCUGAGAUAAAUAAUAUAAGUUACAAUGAAAAUUCACAUUCAACUGAAAUAAAUCAUUGUGCAAAACGUGCAAGGUAUGAAGUAGAUGAAGAUGUAGGGUUUCAAAAGUUCAAAGGUGUUGUUCCACAACAAAAUGGUCAUUGGGGUGCACAAAUUUAUGCAAACCAUCAAAGAAUAUGGUUAGGAACAUUCAAAUCUGAAAAAGAUGCUGCCAUGGCUUACGACAGUGCCACCGUCAAGCUGAGAAGUGGAGAAAGCCACAGAAACUUUCCAUGGAACGACCAAACAGUUCAAGAGCCUUUAUUUCAAAGUCGUUAUAGCAUGGAAAAGGUGCUUAGCAUGAUUAGAAAUGGAACCUAUCAAACUAAGUUUUCUACAUUUCUUAGGAAUCAAAGCCAAAGCAUUAUUGGGGUGAAGAAUGAGGAACAAUUUUCAUGCAUGCAAAUUUUUCAAAAGGAGUUAACACCUAGUGAUGUUGGUAAACUCAACCGGCUUGUUAUCCCUAAAAGACAUGCAGUUACGUAUUUACCUUUGGUUGGUGGAAACAAUAAUAUAACUAAUGAUGAUGAGGUUGUGUUUUAUGACAAACUCAUGCGAUUGUGGAAGUUUCGAUAUUGUUAUUGGAAAAGUAGCCAAAGCUAUGUGUUCACUAGAGGGUGGAAUAGGUUUGUGAAGGAUAAGAAACUAAAGGCCAAAGACACCAUUGUGUUUUAUAUGUGUCAACCUAUAAAUUCAACAAAAGAAGGAAAUGGACAUGUGUUUUCAUUGAUAGAUGUAAUCUAUAAUAAUGUCGGGGAUAGAAAAAAGCAUUACUUUGAAGAUGAUGAGAAUGGAGGCUUCAAGCUCUUUGGUGUAAAUAUUAACUAA